AUGUCCAAGCCAUCCGACAAACAGGACCUGGCCGCUGCGCCAGGGAGCUCCGGCGUGAAGCGCGCCUUUUCGCUCCCACCCCAAUGGCUCCAUAUGUAUGAUGACUUUAUCACCAAGAACUCCCACCAGGUGUCGCAGAUAGAGUCGACGUUGCGAUCACUGACGUACAUCAUACCUGGUCGUUUUCGCGAUGCCGAGAUAGCCUCCGAGUCCAUUCACAGCGGUGUUCAAUUGCUUUCCUUGUAUCAUGAUACCCUUCUCUCCCGAGCGGCCACCCUCUCGAAGCUCCCCCUUUCUUCCCUCCCCCGCGCCCCCUCGCCGCAAAGCCGUUACACAAAGUUCUGGACCCUCAAGAGCGCCUUCUACCGGCGCGUCGCCUACGUGCUGCAGAUUGUCAACUACGUCCAGCUUCUUUGCGAAAUGUCCGCCAAGCGCCGCGGCGAGCGCGUGCGCUGGAAUGUCGUGGUUCUCCUUGAGGCCAUCAAAGCAUUCUGCAAACUUUUACUACUUCGGAUAACCAAGUCGCGGCCGCUUUUGACGCCGGUCUUGCCCGAACGAGAACCGAUACCUGACGAGGCACCCGAAGACCCGGAGGAGGCCGAGCUCCGCGCGCUCGGGGAAGACGAUGAGGAUAGGAAACCAUUCGGCAAGGGGUCUGUUGGUGCGCCCCAGAGGAAGGGCGUUGGCCCCAACGGGGAGUGGACCAUGCCCCGCACCGGCAUGUCUCUUCCUACGCUUCCCGCGCCUGGGGAUACGAGUGGGUAUCUUCUUUCAAGGGUGCUCACGGCGGAUGACAUCAAGCCGGCGUCAAACCUGCUCAACAGACUCCAGGGUAGCGCGCAGUUGGCUGAGGUGCUACACAUCCUGGCACCUCUUGUCUUUGCCAUCGCGCUGGCGCGCAGCAAGGACAAGCGGAAGUCCUGGACACCUUGGCUGUUGGGUGUGGGAACUGAGCUCGCGGCCAGGCAACUGCGGGACAGGGGCUUGCAGACGACGCCGCUGGAGCGCGAGGAAUGGAGCCGUCGCGGUUGGGCGAUGGGCUGGUGGGCUAUGCGCGGGGCCUUUUACGAGAACGUCACAAAGGGGGUUGUGGGUGGCGUACGAAGCCGCAUGCCAGGGUUGCUGGCUGGUAUCAUUGAAGACUACGAAUACCUGUGGGAGAACUACUACUUUAGCACCAGCGCGUAA